UUGAAUGUUUGUCGGUUAUGUUAAUUUGUAGAUAUAUUCGAAACGUCAUGUCUUCCAGCAAUCAUUUCGUUGUUACAGUUAACCAUGUUUUCAAAUUUUUUUUUUUUUUCGUAUCUACCACCUAAGUUUACGUCAAAGUCGAUGUGUGCACGAUGAUCCUCCAUGAUGAAUUCCAGCAAAAGCUAUACGACCGUGCGGCGUCGUUGUUUCUAAACUUUCCGUUCCAUUUUCUCAAUGAAAUUUCCAAAGAGAACUUCGAACGGUCAUGUAACUCUCGCAAAACGGUAUUUUAUUACUCAAAACGUUUCCCCAACAUGUGUACGAGCUCAUCGUUUUACGAUGAUAUUAUGAACAUCGCUGAAAUACAUGUUAAUUAUUACCAAUCCCGUUGGUUUGAUUUUGGUCAACUUUAUUCAGAACCAUCUUUCAAUGAAUCUACAGUUCCAUGGGUCAAUCGUCCUGUUUUACAGCCAAUAAUCUCACCAAGUACAAUUGUUCAUAGUGUAAAUUAUAAUUACAAUAAUAAUCAGAAAAAUUUUACAAAUAAUUCAUCUUUAAAAGUUCAAUUACCUAAUAAAGUAGUUACUAUUCUAGUUCCAACACCUAGUUCAGUUGAAUCAUUUUCAGAAUCUACUUCACCAUUUGAUUCUGAAGAGUCUAUUACACCAAUUAAAACAACAACUAAAAAUAAUAAUGGGUUUAAAAAGUUAUCUGAAGAAAAUAAUAAUAAAAUAGAUAUCAUGGAGGAUGAUAUUCAAAAUGGAAGUAUUUUCUCUGAUAGUUCUAGGUCUGAUAUAAGUGAUGAAAAAGCUAUAUCAUAUGCAGAAAUCAUCAAAUAUCCUAAAUCUUCAAAACCAAAACAAUCUGCAAAAAGUAAACUUAAUAUUAUUGAAGAAUCUAAAAGAAGAGAACCAAUUAAAUUUAAUAGAAUUCCACCAUCUAAGAAGGUAUCAAUUAAGCUGCCAGACGCUCCAUUUCUACCAAAUAAUCAACAUUGUGCAUUUUGUAAAAACAAUGGAGAAGAAGAAUCAGUUUACAGAACACAUUUUGUUAAGGAUGAAUUAGGAAAUGUAAGUUGUCCAUUUCUAUCAAGGUAUACAUGUCCACAUUGCAAAGCAACUGGAACUAAAGCACAUACUAUUAGUAGAUGCCCAUUAAGUAAUAAAAAUAGAAUUAAUAAAUUCCAUAAACAACAGUUAUAAACAUAAGUUCAGUGUUGACAUUAUUUUAUUGUUUUAAUAUGUUAUAUAUUUUUUAAAUAUUUUAUGAUUAAUUUAUUGUUUCUUUUAUCUA